AUGACGAGCAGAAAUACUUGUACGCCGACAAGAAAACAAAAAACUCGUUUCGCGAUUAAAGCGCAAUGGCCGGACGCUGUGUACAUAUCCAAUGUCAUCGAACAGUUCCCCGAGAAAGGAAUAGCCUCUGUUGAGGAGGGCAGAUGUUUGUGGGACGAUGGGUACGACGUGUUAGACGUGAGAGAUUUGGAUGAAAUCGAUGCGAACGAAAAGUGUCCUAAUCCACUGGGAGUCGAUAUCGCCGCGCAGCCGAACAAAGGGAACAGAUUGAAAGUGAUUCCACUCGUCAACGCGAAAAGAAAAUACGAUUUCGAGUUGAAUGAAAAAGUAUACGUACAAACUGGAUUAAAUCCUAACUUUUCCAGCGAAGUGCAAAAGGCGUACCCGGACAAGAACAAGAAGUUGAUGGUGGUGUGCUCCGAUGGACGAACGAGGGCGAUUAAAGCGUUGGAAACUUUGGACGAGUUAGGCUACCUCAACAUCGUCGGAAUCAAGGGCGGAGCAAAUUUAUGGAACCGAGAAUGGGACGCUAAAAUGAGACGUCGAAAUCUUCCCGGUCAGUUCAAGCAAAACUUCUCGCACGCCGGCGACAGUCCUCAGUUGCACGGCACCGGUGGCCAGUUUCAGAAAGCGGACUCGCAGUCGUACAGCGACCCGCGAGAUCCGGUGGAAUGGAUUUGCGAAUAA